ACAAAGUGUUUGCUGGAAGAUGACACAUACAAGAUUAAGAAAUGCACACCUAAUUAAUGGGAUCAUAACUAGGAGGAGCUGUAAAGUGGUUCGGGAUGGAAGAGAAGGCCUACAUUUUUAUAAUCAUGACAUGCAAAUACUUUUCCCAAAAAAACAUUACAUAGCAACAUCAGUUUGUGCUUCUUCUGUUUUGAAUGUAAUUUAUUUGCAAGCCCUACUGCAUUGCUUUUGAUUAUAAAGCCCACUUUUUAUGUUAAACCCAAUAGCAGAUUUAUAGCAUAACAGUAUUUGUGAUUUCAGUCUUUAUUUGAUGUUUCUGUGGCUUUGCUUGGUCUUCAAUUACACAUAUAUUAUCAAAAAUAGGUUUCAAAGUAUUGUUUAAAGCGCUUUAUUGUGUGACACGCUGUCUGUUUUUGACCCUCAUGAGCCACCAUCAGCAGCACAACACACGUGAUCCAGUCAGUUGACAAGGCAAAACACAGCAGUGUAGAUCAGAGAAACAGGCGACAUGGACCAUCAUCGGAUUGACAGGGUGGGCCUCCUGUCUCCCCUGGAGGAGUCCAGCGCUGAGAUAAGCAGAGACAGCGGCAUUGUGUCCCAGAGUGCGAGCAGUUUGUCCAUGGUGAGCGAGAUCCUGAGCAGCGGCACCGUGUCGCAGAGCCCCAGCUUUGGCGCAGCAGCUAACGUUAUCCCACAGAGCCCGAGCCUCAACGACGCGGCGGAGCCCGGGACAGACGACCAGCAAGACCCAGAGCAGGACGACGAAGUGCUGAGACACACCGCCCUCAGCUACUCCUCUUACAUCAGGGCGACAGCGGGAGAAGAGAUCCUGUGCUUAGAGAAAAGCUUGGAAGAAAUGCUGACGAGAGUAGACGAGUUUGUUGGAAUGCUGGAUAUGAUUCGUAAUGAUACCUCGCAGAUAGUGAGUGAAAACCUACCUCAAAUCCAGCAGAAGUCGGAUGAAAUGAGACAAAUAUACAGACGAAUUGAUAAGUUAGAGGCUUUUGUAAAGAUGGUGGGAGCCAAUGUCAAUGCUAUGGAGGAGCAGGUCACACAGGCAGAAGGAGAACUAGGAACAUUACCGGGUGCUUUCAAGAAGAUACUCCGAACAAUGAGUGUCCCAGGCUUCUUAAAUAAACCAGCCAGCCCAAGAAGACCAGCACCACAUCAGCGUCAAGAGAUCCCCAGCGUGUUCCAGACAGAUGAUUAUUUCACAUCACAGCCAGAACAGUGACAUAACUACAACAUUUUAACAGAUAACUCGGUUCUAACCUCAGAGGCCUGUUGGGUGAAACUGUAGAGGGACAACUUUUACUGCCAUCCACUGCGAGAAGGAUCUAUUUGUGCCGCGGCCUCAACAAAGCAAUAGUAGCCUUUCUGAACAAGUCACUGGAAGUCAAGUGCGUGAAGACAUUCUGCAUUUUUUGAGUGUCGUUCUCCUGGCAGCAACAAGCACUGAACUGUAGCAAAAUGAUAUCUCGUUUUUUUCUAAAAAAAAGUGCCUAAAUGGUUAUUUCUGUCCAUCUUGUUUUCACUAAUUGUGAAGAAAACAAUGUAAGAUGUUAGAUUUGUAAGGAGUCAGAAGGACAAAAUCAUCCCACCUGCCAAUAGGACACUGAAAAGAAGGUACGAUAAGAGGAGUUGUAAAGAUCUUCAGAUGUAUUACGUGACGAUCAACCCAGCUUUUUUUUUUUUUUUAUAUAUCACAUUCCUGUUAUUCGUGUUUGUAAAGACCUGCACGCUGUUAUGGAUUAAUCUGUAUUUUUAAUGUCUAAUCAGUCACCCCAAGCAAUAUUGAUCUUACCCAAUUUAAAGUCGAAGUAUUUAAAGUCUUCCAUUUCCAAAUAUUCAAUGUAUUUCUAGCCUGAUGUUAUGGGCUACAUAUUUGAAGGCACCUUUCUUUUUUAAAAGCAAAAAAAAAGCACAGUUGAGUUGUGUUUGGCCUGGUGUUGAAGCUGUGAUUGAGUUUUGUAACAACAGUCGGAGGAACCUUGAAGACAACUGGACCUUAGAUAUGUGAUGUAGCCCUUGCCCUUCAAACAAAGUUAAAUCAAUAAUGGUCACAGCUAUGAUUCAUUAUUUGCCAAAAAUAGUUAGAAAUAAAUAUGUUUCAGUUACAGGUUAAUUUUAGUCACAUUUUUAAAAUAAUAAAGAUUUAUUUGAGA